AGAGGCUAAAUACUAUGCUAAGCUAUCAGUAUAUUUGGCGUGGCCUCAAAUUUAAAGGAGAAGGAUAGAAAUCUUCUCAUAUGACUUCUUGCGACAGUGCUGCAGGCAGGUCCUGCUCAGUGUGGAACUGGGCAUGCUGGUGGUGUUUCUGGUGGCCGGCAGCGGGGGACAGAUCUAUGAGAGGAGGGAGGCAGGAUCGUCCUGCUACGGAGGAUUUGACCUUUACUUUGUUUUGGAUAAGUCUGGCAGUGUGCAGCAUUACUGGAAUGAGAUUUAUUACUUUGUUGACCACCUGGCUCAUAAGUUUAUCAGUCCUCAGCUGCGGAUGUCUUUUAUUGUGUUUUCCACAGAGGGCCGGACUUUAAUGGCACUAACAGAAAACAGAGAGCAGAUUCGGGACAAACUAGAGGAACUCAGCAGGGUGCAGCCGGGCGGGGACACCUACAUGGACAAAGGUUUAAAAAAAGCCAGCGAACAAAUUUACUACGCAACAGGAGACGGUUAUCGUACUGCAAGUGUCAUUAUCGCCCUGACGGACGGUGAACUGAGAGAAAAUCAGUUUGACAUGGCACAAAGAGAGGCCGGCAGAGCUCGACAGCUCGGGGCCACGGUGUACUGUGUGGGAGUGAAAGACUUUAAUGAAACCCAGCUUUCAACGAUAGCUGACAGUAAGGACCAUGUGUUUCCAGUGAAUGAUGGAUUUCAGGCUCUGCAAGGGGUCAUUGACUCGAUCCUGAAGAGGUCAUGUAUAGAAAUCCUGGCUGUGGAGCCCUCCAGCAUCUGUGAAGGAGAAUUGUUUCAGGUGGUCGUCAAAGGAAAUGGUUUCUAUCACGCCCGAGACGUCCAGAAGGUUCUCUGCAGCUUUCGGAUCAACGACACAGUUACUUUGAUGAAAAGACCUCUGGUGGUGAGAGAUGGUUACCUUUUGUGCCCGGCUCCUGUUCUGGAAAAAGAGGGAACGACUGCCACUCUGCAUGUCAGCAUGAAUAACGGCCUCAGCUUCAUAUCGAGCUCUGUCACCAUAACAGCAGUCUCCUGUUCUGAUGGGAAAUUUGUGGCCAUCGCUCUGCUCAUCCUGCUGCUCCUGCUCACCAUCCUGCUGCUCUGGUGGUUCUGGCCUCUCUGCUGCACUGUGGUAAUUCAUGAGCCGCCGCCUCCCGUAAUAGACGACAUCUCUGAUGAUGAGGAUGGUUUUCCAAAGAAGCGUUGGCCCACAGUGGACGCCUCGUAUUACGGAGGACGUGGAGUUGGAGGCAUCAAGAGAAUGGAGGUUCGAUGGGGAGAUAAAGGCUCAACUGAAGAAGGAGCCAAGCUGGAAAAAGCUAAAAAUGCCCGAGUUGUGAUGCCAGAGGAGGAGUACGAGCCACCACAACCUUACUACCACAUGCACAAACCUGCCAGACCUCAGAAGUGGUACUCUCCCAUUAAGGGUAAACUGGAUGCUCUGUGUGUUUUCCUGAGAAAAGGCUAUGAUAGAGUGUCUGUGAUGCGGCCUCAUCCUGGAGACAAGGGUCGGUGCAUAACCUUCACCCGAAGCAAAUCCUACCCUGCUCCUCGCUACCCCAUCUACAACCACCCGUCCACACCUGUCUACACUCUGCCCCACUGUUAUCAGCGCCGUCCGUCAGACGACAGCACCCUCUACCAUUUGCCGCCUUCGCCGACUUCAACACUCCCCCCUCUGCCCUCCACUCCUCCCCCCUCCUCUACCAGCUCUCCCACAUACACGCCACCUCCAAACAGAGCCCUGCCCCCGACCAACGUGAGCCCGAUCUACGCACCGCCAUCUCCUACUGGCACCCUACCACCUCCACCUCAGGGACCAGCUCCUUGUAGAGCCCCUCCACCAUCACGCCCUCCUCCACGCCCAAACCAAGACAACUACUGACUGAAGAAUUCGAAUUGAAGGAGCAGGAUUUAAGCUCAGGAUGGAGACGUGAAAAGACUCUCUGACUUUGCGUCUGUUUAAGUCCAAGCAGGGCGAGAAUUUGAGUGACUGCAUUAUGCCGCCUUGCAGGCUGCAGCUGUGGAUUUAAUGCCUUCACGUUGAAAACUUUAAACACUUACAUCUGUUUUCCUCAACAAGUGGCUUACAUAUGAUGUGCCAUGAACUAUGAUUGUUUACAAGUUAGAAGCAUAUUUUUAUUGUAGCACGCACAGCUUUGACUAUUCAAAUGUUAUAAAAGCUAAGCAUUUUAUUCUGUUUUUGAAGGUUCUUUUUAUUAAAUCUGAGUGACUGAUAAGGGGCUGGGUACAUGUACUAGAGUGUUAUUAAUUACAUUUUAGCCUUUACCUGAUGUCCAUCUUUCAUUCAGAUCUAAUGCAGAGUCUAAAUCGCACAAAAUCCUAUGGCUGAGCAACUGCCUCAUUGUGUUUUAUACAAGUUUGUACAUUUUGUGAAUGAAUACUAAUUAAAUCACAGAAAAACAUAUGAACACCCCA